GUCCAUCCGAAAGACCUAUUUUAAAUUUUAAUUAGAUAUGUUAAAUUUUAAAAGGGAAAUUUUAGUAAUGGAGCAAUAAUGAGGCCAAUGAGAAUCUGAGUGCUGUAAACAGCGCGCAAUUAUACGUUUAAUCUGAACUAUGUUUAUUAAUAAAAGGUGCCGAGCGUUUCGACUCGAAUCUGAAUCAGAGAAAUUUUAAUUUCUCGAAGAAAAGACUUGGGAACGUAACCUAGAGCGUUGUAUCGCCGCUAGAUUGAUCGCACAAGAAGACGCGAGGCUCGUGGCUGACGAUACCGGGACGAGGAAACGACGGGAUAUUCCGCAUGUGAUUUCUAAUACCGCGCGACUCAUCGCAGCGCGUUAUAUAAACGCGUCGCACACCGUCGCUCACCGUCGCUCUCCGCGAUGACUGGCGCAGAUCACUGCAGUGACUGUUACGAGUUACGUAUAUAUCUUGCCCAGUGUAUCCGCAAUGGGCGAGUCGUGCAAAUGAAAUCACGCCUUUAAAAGGAACAUGUACGUGCCGUGCGAUAAAAAGCCGAAAAGCGGGAGCUAGAGGCGCGGAAAUGAGAGAGAGAGAGAGAGCGAGAUCCCGCGUGUGCUCCACUUUGCAGGAGCAAAGUUGGCCCGGAUCCUCCUCUCUUUCCUCGUUUCUGAAACGUCUUACGUCUUUUUUACAUGUACGCUCUAUCUAGAAACGGUACGGACAGAAGUUGAGGAAUAAGAUAUGUGUUUAUCAGACUGCUCCUCGCCCUGUGAUGUGGCGAGCCGCAAUGUUCACGUUGACAUUUAACAACGUGACACAGAUAACGUCCGUAAAUGUAUUAACCUUUUUAGGAAGGAAGCAAUCGUGGAAACCUCAAAAAUGCGUUAUUUUAAUACCGAGAGAAGUUGAACGAUGAUUUUGCUUUUCUAUCUUUCAAACGUUCAAUCAUGCUUGUUUUAUUCUCUUGAUAUCCUGCUCUUACGAGUACCUAAAGUCCGUUUCCAUAGACAAUCUUUUGAGUUUUCUCUCGCAACAAUGUUGUAUAUAGGAAAAAAAAUAUGAUGACAUAAUACAGACAUAAUUGACUGUCUCUCUUUGAGAAAACACGCAUUAAACGAUCGCUCCGUAAAACAGAGUGAGUGAAUGACUCAAGAUGAAUGAUAUAGAAAGUUUUGGCAUGAAGGGAAUCGGCUCAAAAAUGCCCCACAGUCAUUCGACGCCGGCUGGCGUGGACGGAGGUAGUAGAACACCACCCGCAACACCGCGAAAAGCUGGAAAGAUGCUAGCGGUUCGUGUACAAAUGUUGGAUGACUCUAUUACAAUGUUUCAAGUGCAGGCCAAAGCACUAGGUAGAGUGUUAUUUGAUCAAGUUUGUAAACAAUUGCAUCUCUUAGAAGCGGAUUAUUUUGGUCUUGAGUAUCAAGAGCCAAAUUUGACAAAAUAUUGGUUGGAUUUGGAGAAACCAGUGUGCAGACAAGUUGGCUUGUCUCUUAUCGAUCCGCUAUUGAGGUUCUGUGUUAAAUUUUAUACACCAGAUCCUGCACAGCUUGAGGAGGAGUUUACAAGAUAUUUAUUCUGUCUACAAAUCAAACGGGAUUUAGCUCAAGGUUUACUGCAAUGCAAUGAUAACACAGCAGCAUUGAUGGCCAGUUAUAUUGUUCAGGCUGAAUGCGGGGAUUAUGUGAUAGAAGACUAUCCAGAUCAUACAUAUUUAUCAACAUAUAAAUUUGUGCCUCAUCAGGAUCAAGAAUUGGAACGACGUAUUAUGGAGAAUCACAAGAAACAUGCAGGUCAAUCCCCUGCAGAAGCAGAUCUCAAUCUCUUAGAAACAGCUCGGCGUUGCGAACUAUAUGGAAUGAAAAUGCAUCCUGCUAAGGAUCAUGAAAAUGUUCCAUUAAAUCUCGCAGUGGCACAUAUGGGCAUUGUAGUUUUUCAAAAUUACACUAAGAUAAAUACAUUUAGUUGGGCCAAAAUCAGAAAAAUCAGUUUUAAACGAAAACGUUUUUUAAUCAAAUUGCAUCCUGAGGGUUACGGAUAUUACAAGGAUACGGUCGAAUUUUUCUUUGAGGGACGUAAUGAAUGUAAAAAUUUUUGGAAAAAAUGUGUAGAAAAUCAUGGUUUUUUCCGUUGCUCUGUAGUUAAGAGAGUUGUAAGACAGAAAACUAGAGUGCUUAGCCGUGGAUCAUCGUUCAGGUAUAGCGGCAAAACUCAAAAACAAAUUGUUGAAUUUGUUCGAGAUAAUUAUGUGAAGAGGCAGACAUUUCAAAGGUCCAAUUCGUUCCGGCAGACUAGCGGUGGUAGGGCAUUGCAGGGCUCGGAGGGGGGAGGCUAUCGUGGGGCCACUCCAAGCAGCUCCCUUAUGGGCAGCUCCAGCAUCUCUGCCCACCCCCUCCUGCCCCUCGGCGAUCCUGCCCUGGCAACCCCAGCUCUAUCUCUGUCAUGCGGUUCGAUGACACUGGAUUCUCCGACGACUGUGACGAGUGUCUCGAUGGGAGGGAUUCACCGUCGAGAAGACACAGCUACGUCAUUUCGGACGCUCACCUCUAUCGACGUCCAUUCACCAGCCACCCCCAGCCAGGUCCCAGCACAGCGACAGAUGCAUGCUACCAGCCAGCAACGGAUUUCAUCAACAGGUCGUAUCAGCCUCUCUAACAGCAGUCCUCCUGAAUUCCCACCACCACGACCUCUGCCCAGAUACCCCUGGCAACGGUCGGCUAGUUGUCGCGAAUUGUAUGCUUCUAGUUUCGAAGACUCCGGUAAAGCGCGGUCGCGGGACGACAAAGUCACCGCGGACCUCACGUUAGAUCCAUUCCAAUUAGCUUCCCAGGGUGAACUAGAUAACCCCAUAACACGUUACGAUGAGAGUAAUCGUUCAUAUAGCGCCGCUAGUUCGAAAUUACCUUCUUUAGAUCAUGAUUCUGUUCCCGAGCGUGUCUACAGCAGUUCCUACCCGGGAACGUCGUCGUUGUCUACCGAAUCGGGCCAUGAGGAAUCGGGUCCCGCUGGAGAUUUGUCGCACGACGAUCUCUCGCACGAUUCUUACGAGCUUUUGGAACGCGAACAUGAAUUCGAAUAUCCGGAAUCGUAUUCCAGCCCGCACGAUGAACACGAACCAAUAUCCGAUCAGAGCGACGAAGAAAUCGAGCAUGAGAUGUUCCAAAUGGAUUCCGAGACCGAUUCUUUCGUCAAGCAUAGAUCGUUAAAACUUUCAGAAAAACAACAAUACAAAUCCGCGUUUACUGAUCUCAAGAACUCUAAAACCAAGUCCAUCGAUCGGUACUCAGCUGUAUCCAAAGUAGAUGGUGAUUUCGUCAUCACCGAAUCCAGGAUACAACGGUCAGGCACUCAAAUAGAACGCAAAUUCGAAACGAGACACGCAAAUUCCGUAGAACAACAGUCCAAGACGGGUAUUCCGCAUCAGGAUUCUGCCAGGAAAGAUCCCGUGGUGAUGCAGGUACAAAAGCAAAAGAUUUCUGUCCUGAACGAGUUAAAAAAUUUAAAGCCAAAAUACAAGAUUACUCAUGUAGACUCGGAGAUUUUGCGAGACGAGGGUAUUAUGCGUCCAAAGUCGCGAAUAGAUGACGACUUGAGCCCGGUUGAGGGAAAUAAAACUAUAUUGGAUCAUGGUGUAAAGGGUAGAACAACUAGGGCGCGCAGUAUCGCUAGCUUGGAUGACCAUCCGCCGCGAUUAUAUGUUGAAACAGGUAGUUUAGGUCGGGGACACAAGUCUAGAGAUAGGAAAUCGAGAGACGCUGACGUUAAGAUCGAAAAGGUUUUGUCAAAGGAGCGUAGAAGUGUUGAAAAGGAAGAACGAAAGCGGGAUUAUUCGAGAGAUUAUAGGCGAGUGGAUAAGAACGAUUCGCGAGAACGUCGUUCGGUAGAUCGACUCGAUUCGCGCGAACGAAGAUCGGACAGCCAUGGUCGUCGUAGUGUAGAUCGAAUUGAUAUGCGCGAAUUACGUAGAAGCAUCGAGCGGCUCGAUGUGCGCGAGAAGAGUUAUGAACACCUAGAUUCGAAGGAAAAGAGUGCCUUUUAUUACAGUGAUUUCUAUGAAUCGCGUGGUAAGAGCGUCGAUCGUUUAGACUCUCAAGGGCUACGUAGUAGCAUGGAGUAUUUAAAGAGUCCCAAGGAGAGAGGUAAUCAUCGGCAUGCGGAUACGCGAGAACGCCGAGAGAGAAGUAUCGAACGAAUCGAUUCUCGAGAAACAAGAAAAAACAGAGCCGCUUCUAUCGAUUACGAUCAAAGGCAUACUUUAGAACGCUUCGAUUCUGGUAAUAGAAGCCCGUUCGAGCGAUUGACUCCGAAGGAACAACGGAGGAUGAGCAUAGAAAGACUUGAUUCUCAAAAGUUCGACUUCGAUCCACGAGCGAUCGAACGUUUGAAAUCCUUGGAGCGCUAUGAACAAAGGGAACGAACUUAUGACAGAAAGAUCGAAUCUAGGAGCGCCGAACGAAAGAGCCUGGAGAAAUUGGACUCGCAUGAGCGAAGAUAUUUGGGGCGUUUGGAGUCGCGAGAGGGAAGAAGUCUCGAGUACUUGGACUUCGAUAGUACGGAACGUAGGAAAAACAUCGAAAAAACAGAAUACAAAGAUCAGAAGAGGAGCAGAAGUAAAAUCGAGAAAGGCAAGUCAGAAGAGAAACCACGAGAACGCGAUGAUUGGAGAAGUUUAGAGAAAGCGCGGAAAGAUGAUGAAAGACGGGAACGCGAACGGCAAGCAAAACUGUCCAUCGAAUCUCGUACAGAAACUGUUAUCGGCGUGCCACAUGAAGUGGAGAAUUUGAAGUCGAAAACCGUAUUCGCUGAAUACGAACCAAAGGUUGUCGGUGGCAUUGUACUAGGGUUCGAGGAAACUGCAUUGCCUGGACAUGUGCCAGUAGAACGUACAAAGAGUGAUCCGAAUCCGGCGCGACAGAGAUUAGGAUCCAACAAUAAACGGCACAUGCUGAUGCAUCAAAAGUCUAUAGACUUGACACCAGCCGAUUCCGGCGAUGAAGAACCGUUUUCGGAUAGCGCGGCAAUGCAGAAAACUAACAUUGAUAUUCCCUACACUUUGCAUAAGAGGCAUGUUAUGAACGGCACGGCAUCUGACGAGAAAUCUGAAUCGGAUAGCAGUAAAACAUCGAAGAAUAUCAAGAGCCUCGCCAAGGACUUGCCAAAGUUGCCCUUGAAAAUGGUAACAGAUCUCCCGUAUUUUGAUCUGACCAAACUUUCUUCGAUAGACAAAACCAGUAAUAAACUAUCGCCAGAUAAAUCAAAGAGCAGUGCGAUUACUACCGCAAGACCGAAAUCGAUAUUGAGUCCUUCAGAUAAGCCGAAAAGUAUUUUAAGUCCAACAUCGAAACUCUCACCGACAGAUCCAAAGAGUAUUAUUUGUAGUUUAUCACCUACUAAGAGAAGUCCUUCGAAGACGAAGACUCAAUCUCCUGAGAAACUCUCGCAAAAGGGCGGCUCGUUAGACAGAAAUAGAGCCGAAGUUAUCAUCGAAGAUUACACAUGUAAAAAAUCCUCGAGUUUGGAUAAAAAGCCUUCGAAAUUGUCGCCAGUAGAGUCAAAUAUCACAAUUAUUUCAGCUCUUGAAAAACGUUCGCCCAAAAAAUCGCCGACUAAUUCCAAUGUAACUAUCAUUUCUGUGAUACAAAAGAAAAAAUCUCUCGAUGGAGUAUCUAAAUCUCCUACUGCAAAAACGGCAGAUACUAAAGCGAAAGCUGCUUUGAAUUUUGCUGAUAUUGUUGGUAUGGAAAUGAAGCAAAAUCUGGAACGUAAGGCGAAAAUUGAAAAGGAUAGUCUGAAAGCACCGGAUGAUAGUUUAGAAAAGCAAGAUAGCAUCGAGAAAAUACCAUUACCUGAAAUUCCUGACAGCGAAAAAGUCGAAGAGAAAAUAAUGCUUAUUACAGGUGACCAAAUUAAAAGCGUUGAACAAACGAUCAAAGAACGAGAUCGUUCCCCGAAAAGAGUCGUUGAUGAAUUAUCUGACGAUGAUCAAAAAAGAGAGAAUGUACAAUCUGUAAUAGCUGAAGUUCAUAUACCGGCUACACCGGAAAUGAAGUCGGAAAAACCGCCAAUUCCAGAAAAACCGAAGACAUUGGAAAAGCCAAGUAUUCCUGAAAAAACGAAACGUAUUUUGGAGAGAAUAGAAUCGAAAUUUUCGGAAGUUAGUAAAAAUUCCGCUACAAAAAUAUCGAGACCAAAAAUCAUCGAUACAGGAUUUGAUGAUUUCGUGGAUCCAGUUGCCGAUUUGCCUUUAGAUGAAGUGCCUGUGAAACCUGCUCUAGAGUUGGAUAGUCUUAAAGUUCCUGAGUUUGUUCCUUUCAUGCUGAAGCCGCACGUGGAACCAUUAAGGUCGAAAUCUUUAUCUCUGGCGGAAGAAAAGGCACCGAUUGAUACAUUACUCUCACCAGAGGUUGAAAAUAAACACUUUGUGCAAGAUGUUUCUCCAAAGAGAAUAAAGAAAGUAAAAUCUGAGCCGAAAAAAGAUUUUAAGAAACAAUCAAAAUCAUUAGAAGGUGACAAACCGCCGCUGAAGAAGAGCGCAUCAAAAGAGUCACGUGCGCCAGCGGUGAGUACAAAAAUUGACAAGUCCAAAUUGAAACUCGGCGAAAUGCCGCAAGAAAUUAUAAUAAUAGAUUCAACUGAUGUAUCACCAGAGAUAAGUAUCGUACAGAAGGGCAGAUCAAAAUCCGUAACCAGAUUGUCCGAUAAACCACCAUCAAAAGAUGAAAAGGAAGAGACAAAAACUCGCGCAAAAUCCGCAUCCGUCGACGAUGAGUUGAUUAAAGGCGCGAUAAAAUCUGAAAAAUCGAGACCAAAAUCAUUGGGAAUAUCGAAGAGUUUGGGAAGUACAGAGAAGAAAGAUUCAGUAGAGAAAAUUUCACCGAAGAGAUCUAAAGUUGUCACCAAGACUGACGGUAAAUCUGCUGUGGUGAAGGAUACAGGGUCAAAACAAGAUUUAAAAACAGCACGCGGCAAAAUGGUGUCAAAAGUGGAAACAACAAGCGAAGAAGCUGUUGCUGAGUCGAAACAGUCCAAGCAAGAAAAGGAUUCAAAACCAAAUGUUAAACCUGACGUAGUGAUUGAUCAACCAAUGGAUAUUAAAAAAGCCACAGCAGUUGAUGAGACCAAAGAAACAAUUAAAGAAUUAGGUAAAGAGCCAAGAAAAGAACUAAGUAAAGAAUCAACAAAGGACAAUAUAAAGAAAACAGCACUUGUUCAGGAUUUGACUCAAUCCCCUUUGGUAUUGCGUAAGCCAGGACAAACACCGAUACUCUUUGCCCGCGCACGUCUCGGUCUUUCAGAAGGUAGUGGAAUCGGCGCUCUUCAGCGUCAAGGUGCAACGCAGUCACCUACUGCUCAACGACGCGCGAAAUCUUUGGAUGCUGCAGUGAUUUCCGUACAUAGACUACCGCCGGCAAAUGCGUUCUCUAGUAAAGACGAUACGGUGGAUGUAUCGGAGAAUCUGGAGGAUCAAGAAAAUGCCGCCGAGGAUGUCGCUCAAAGCGCGAGCGCAGUAUCGAAGCUUUCGAUUCAGAUGGAGGCUUCUCCGAAUCAUAAAUCCGAUAGUACUGAUCACACGACUGUUCCGGAGAUAUAUACCGAUUCUCUAUCUGUCACCGAGACCUCGGCACAGUAUUUAGAAUCACCAUUGACGGAAUGUAACGAAAUCGUCACCUGCGCCGAUUCGAUACCUUAUGAAGGACAAAAAGAUAGCCGGAUACCAUUUAUAAGUCCCAUUAAUGGAAACGAUACACAAAUGUCGAUUGUAGAAAGUGCUAAAAUGGAGGAAGCGACGAAAUUUAUCGAUCAAAAUUCUACGGAAUCCGGUGCCGAGCAAGAGACAUCUCAGGAGACUUUCGAAGCGAAGAUUGAUAUGCCGAGAGAUGCUCAAUUGGAUCGAGAUCAAUCAGCGAUUUCUACAAUUUUCAUGAAAAGUGUUAGCACAAUCAUUAGCAAGCAAAAACAAAUUGAAUCACCGAGCGAAAUUUCUGACGAAGAGACAAAUGCGAAAACGUAUGAAACAGCAUCGACGAAAUCUCCAUCUCAUUUAGAUGACUUUUGUGUCAGAACUGAAGGUUCGAGAAGUCCAUCUGAGAGAGAUGACGUGCCUGACGUGACUAUAAGCGCGGUUCGAGAAGAUGAGAUGUUCUUUUUGAAUCGUUAUGAUCAGGAUGAUCCUCCAGAUAUGGUUAAAUCGCCAAUACAAAUAUCUAUUGAAGAAUGUUCCGACGAUGAAAUGAAUCUGGAGGAUGAAGAGGAUGAGAUGGAAGUGCGGGUAGAAGAGAUUGAUGAACGAGAAGAAGAGGAAAAUAAGCGAUUGGACUCUCUUGAUACGAGCGAAGAUACGCUCGAUGCGCUCGAUACGCAAGUGCAAAUGCGAGGCGCAGAUAGUGAACUAAGUUCACCCGAUUAUGGUGUCGAUAAGAUGGAUGAGAAGACAUUAGUGGAGGUCGAGUUGACACCAGAAUACCUGGAGAUGAAGAAGGAAGAUGAAGAGACAGCGGAAGAAUUACCGGAAGAUGAACCAGCUAAAGAAACUGCGGAGAUCGCGGAUAGUAAUCGUCUUUCUAUUGACAGGAAACUGAGAUUAAGCACUGAACGUUCAAAAAGUGAAGAGACCAAUACUUGGACACCGGAUAGAGAAGAUCCAGAUUCCAGUUCGUGUUCUAUUGCUAGGCCAUUAGGAAUCGGUCAGAUACAACCCAUAAUAGAUCGUCGGGAGAUUGCUAUGAUCGAAGGCGCUCGUAACAGUGGUUCUCUGGAUGAUGAUAACAGUAAUGGUUCGCAACCUCCCCCGAAGCAGGAGAUGAGCGUUACAUGGAAGUCGUUUCCACAAGAAAGCUCCGGUAGCUCCAGUCUUGAAGAGGGCUGGGCACCUCAAGAUGAAAACAAUGCACAACAAUCACAGUCCGAGGAUAGCAAUGGUCAAAAUGAGGACAGUUAUCAAGAGGAUUUAGCGGACUUUCCUGGCACCUUUAUUAUUGGUCCCGAAAUAUUGGCUAAUUACGGUGCAUUUUCGCUUUCACGUACGUUGUCAAGAAUAUCCGAACGAUCGACCACAUCGGAACAGGAUAGAAGCGACUUGGAAGAUUCCUUCAAACCUAGUUCGAGAUCGCCGAGCCUUGACGACGAAUCUUUGAUGUCGAGUGAUCAUCAGCCAUCUCUAUCAUCAGAUCCUCCAUCUGGCACGGCCUUACCAUCCGUUUCCGAUGAUCGCAGAACAUCUUCCGAGUUACCAGAUAUUCCUAUCGACGUGGUUGGUGCGCAUGAAGACGAUUCAAAAUCGCCACGAACAAAUAGGAGAUCACGAUUGCAAUUGCAAAGUUCCGAGGACUGGCCGUCGCCACCUAGUUCACCUGUAUUUGAAACACCAGUAGUGAGCCACGUGGAAACGUUUUAUAUGGAAAUUAAACCAGAGGAAGCUGUAAAGGUGACAGUGACGGAUAGCACGGAGACGCCUGUCCAAGCGGAACAAAACAGCGAUUCCAGUGACGAGAACAGAACAUUGCACGAUGAUUUGCAUUCAACUCUUUUGGAAGAUGGACAAAGUUCGACGUCCGCGACAACAGCCGACGGUACGGUCAAAAUCGCGGUAAAACCGAAAUCGAAUUCGUACAUAACCGGCUCGUCGCACAGCGAGGACACGUCAAUGGGUUUGUCUAUGUCCGAAUGGUCUAGCUCGAAUAACACCGUGCGCCAAUUUUGCCAGUAUUCCGGUACGAAAUCUGAUGAUAACUCGCUGGCCGAACUCGGUGCUUCGAUUUCAGAUUGGUCGGGUAGCACGACAGUAAUACCGCAACAAUACUAUGCCGCAGCGGACAAAAGUCAAAGCGAUACCACCACGUCUGAGAGAAGUGCGACUAGCAUGAGACCGAAUUCGAAGUGCCAGUCGGCUGAUACUUCCUCUCUCCCAUCUCCGCCAUCCCCGUCUUCGUUGCCGCUACCCGUGUCACCACCAUUGCCUUCUCCACCCGCGACGACUUCCUCCUCGUUUCAUCAGCAUGAGGAGAAAGCCGUCAAUUUUACGAUCGAACAGCACGAGAUUUUACAACCCGAGGUGAUUGUCGAGGACGACAACGAUCAAUCUCGAAAUCGUGGUGAUGAGUUCGACGAAGCAAGACGUUUUAUCGAAAAUCAGUUCGACGAACACCAUCGCUCACAUCGAUUUGACGAUGAGCAGCAGAAUAUUUAUCCUCAAGAAUUUACCGAUAUUUCGCCACCUCGCAUCACUCUUCAAAACGAAUUCGAUGAGACCAUUGAUGACGACUUUCAAAUUGUUCCGGACGAAGAUACAAUUUGUGUUGACGACACGGCAUUGCCUAUCCCCGAGGAAGAUGAGGAGGAUCAAUUGUAUGAUAACGUGCCCGCCAUGAGGUAUUCCAGUAGUGACAAAGUGCGAAUGGAAGUCGGUCGCGGAGACAGUUCAGAAGACAUGCAUGAAAAAUAUGCCGAUCUCACUUUACAAUCAUCAAGAAUGGGAGACGACGAUUGGUCGUCCGAAGAACGAAGAGACGUCCCGGAGCGCGAGAAAUCGUCGACAAAAUCGACGGGCAAAUUUGAUCGCGGCUUCUCCGAACCAAGUCCGCACGAAGCAGGCAGGUAUCAGGGCACGCGAUCCACCGAACGACCUGUAGUGGUACCGAUUCGAGCAAAGUCGACCCCGUAUUACUCUACGACGAGUUUGAGUGGCGAGUCGACCACGUCUAGCCCACCUAUGCCGAUUAGAACGCAGAUUAGAACGAAGACAAUGCCUUACUCGUCGAAUCGCAGUCCGCAGAGCGAAGGUGACACUUCCUCUAGUAUGGACAGCCCGGCGCACACUCCCGAUCGAGGUCAGCGGGCCUUUCGCCGAAAACGACAGCAGAACGCUAAAAGACGACACCGCGUAGUGGUCGAUCUCGAAGUUAAGGAUGGUCAUAUAGUCUCCAGCACCGAUUCUAGUUUCGAUGUGACGACCAUACCACCACCGUUAUUAACAGAGGGUCAGAGUCUGGAUGUUGAUGAUGACGAAGACGACGAAAUGUCCGAGACAAAAGAUGGAACGGAACAUCGUCGUCAGCAACAACGUUGAAAUAACGUCGAUAAUCAAUCAAUCAACUGAAACAGAAAAAUGUGAAAAAGAAAGUUGAGCGUGAUUGACUACGCUCGAUCGAACUAGUCGAUUUAGAAAAAUUUUCCCAGGCAUGUGGAAUUGAACGCACUUUAGAAUUAACAAACUUCCCGGCCCGGUUGGCAUUCUCGACUUAGAUUAUCUGUUAUGCAAACGAAGAUCACGGGAUCAUGAGAUUUCGCGAACUGGCGACAUCAAUCAACGACCUGACCUGAUUUUUGCGAUUCUACAAUCUUGAUUCAAACGACGAUUUGCUCAGCAGUAUCGCGCUGGGAAGCGGUCGAGAAUCGAGAGUUAUACGGGUAUGAACGACGACAAGGGCAUCAAUGAACAAUGAAAGCAAGACGGACACGUCUGUCAUUACGGGCUGAAAAGCCCGAAGCUGAAUGAUCAAAAGCUGCAUGAAGCUGAAUGUAGCAUAAUUGUUAAGAAUAACGGAAUAACGGUUAAAGAUAAAUACGGAUACGGUUUGUUACGCGUUUUUAGAGAUUUGGUUUACUUUGAUAUUAUCACGUCACGAUAGAAUCCUUCGGAAUCUUAUCCUACUCCCGUAGAGGCAAGUAUCUUAGCGAGUAAUAUUCGUGCAUAACACAUAACACGGAAAGCGAAGAAUAUUAUCUAUCGCGAUCAGCGUGCACGCGUGCGACUCGUUGAAGAAACGAUAACCGUUACGCGCGACACGUUAUAUUCUAGUAAUAAUAGCAAUGUAUGACGUAAGCUAUAGGAAUCGAAAGAGCGACAUAGGACUUUCGAGGAUAAUCGUAAUUUAAAGAAGACGAACCGCGUCGCUAUAGAUCAUUUCUAUCGGCCCAGACUCUCGUUUCCCUUCUCACACGAAAUAUUCCCAAUAUUACUGGAGAAAAUCGUGCAGAUUGAACGAAUAACGUACAUUCUUUUCUUUUUACCUUAAAAAAAAAAAAAAAAAAAAAAAAAUUAAAUGUAACUUUGUUACAUUAUUACACUUAAUCCUCCUACAGCAGGUAAUCGUGCAAUUGUUAUCGCGCGUUAUCAACGUAACAACAUUAAAAGGUUAAAUAACGCUAAAUCAGCGUUAUGAACGUGCGACGUUCUAUUCGGUCACGCGACCUUGAAUUCGAGACAAUCAGUCGCGAGAAGCGAGAAGUUACUUGAGAUAGUUACUCGAGACGGAAAUCCCUAAAGGAAAACGAGGUAAAUAAAUAAAAUGAAAUUACGUAAGAUCGUCGAGACAAUUGUUUCUAGUUCAUAUUUGAAUUUCGAAAGCAGUCACAGCAAUGCAAUCCCAUGAUUUCGCCGCGGUUUGCUUCGCACGCGCGAGUUACAAGGAGGAAGAAAAGUUGCUCAACGUAGAUACGUAAACAUGGAAAUACGUAUAAUACCGUAUUUCUUUGCAUCGAAAGUCACAUCUAGUGGCGUCGGUGGGUGCAUACUCUCCGCCUCUUUUUUUAUGGAAUUAUCCUCGAUGAGAGAACGAUUUGUUUCCCGUUGGUUACGGUCCAACCGCUAACCAACCGCUCUGUUUUGAGUGGGAACUUAAUCCUAAUCCUCGUCUAAUCACUAAUUCGUGGAACUUAUUCACCUAGCGACAGAUAUAUUCUCAAGAUCAAGGAAAUUUGAGCUUUAAGCACGGACAACUUGUUAUUUAUCACCAAUAUUUAUUUGAGAGUAAAAACGUAACGUUUAAACUAUUUUUGAAAGGAAUUGAUCUUUUCUUUUUUCUUAGCGAAUUUUCUAUUUAAGAUCGAUAUAUGUGCAUGUGUGAUUUAUUACUCGCGACUAAUAUAAAUUUAUUUUCUUAGAUUGAUAGU